CCAAGCUUUAUGACACGUUUACUUAGCUUGUUUAGGCGCUCAUCAAUGUGUAUUAACCAUAGUGUUAUGUUCAAGUCUGGCAAGUCAUACUGUGGCUUAUUAUUCGCCCUUGCAUUCUCCUAUUAAGCCAUUUAUUAGGUUAGAAAGCAGGAAAUGAAGAUACAUUUGGUUACUGGACGAGAAUGAAGCUCACAUCAACUGAUUCGUCUGGACAUGAGGGUUGAUUUUGGAGAAUGUCAUCCAGAGGCGUAGUCCUCCAUUUGCGAACCAUCUGUACAAGUCUAGAGAAAGUGACUGGAGUAAACUGACUGACUUCAACUGCAUUUGGACACCUUGUUUUCGGGUCAGCCAUGGCUCGGGAGGAAGAGGAAGAGGGGCUGACAGUCGAUGCACCCAAGGAGGUGGACGUGUUUACAUCAGUGCGCUGCCUGGGUUACCUGUCCAGCGUCAACCUCCUUGUGGCGGUGUGCGUUGGCAUGUACGUACGCUGGGAGGUGACAAGUGAACCAAUGAUUCUGGUCAUCUUCAUCCUGGGCCUCUUCGUCCUGGGGAUAGCCAGCAUCCUUCAUUACUACUUUGCUAUGGAGAAAGCCAGUCUCAGCUUAUUCCAUUUGUGGUUUGGCUUUUUGCUCGGCCUUCUGUGCUUCCUCAACAGCCCCGCGUUGGAUUCAAACGUCAAGGAACUGGUCGCCAACUAUCUCCUCUUAGCCUGUGUAAUCAUGAAAACAGUGUGGGCUGUAACUGAGCGAAUAUGCAGCUCCGUCCGAUACAAACCCAGCUUGCUAACAUCAGCUGAGUUGCUGGAGCUCCUGGGAUUUGGCAUUGCCAGCACUGCCAUGCUUCUUCACAAUUCAGUGGCCAUAAUAGGCUUGGUAGUGGCCCUGGGGGCUCUCAUUGUGGACUUAAGGAUGAAAUCCCUCCUGGCUUUGCCCAACCUGGUCAGUUUUGCCUUGGUUACCUCUCUUGUGUUUUUCCAGGCCUUAGGCAUUACUGCCAACCCUUAUGCCUUAGGGUGCUACGUUGGCAGGCUGCUGUGUGAGCCCGUGCUGGAUGUGUACUUCAGUGGGCUUGGGUCCACUGAGCGCUGGAUACCUGUGCUCUCCAUGGGGAGGGUGUGGAGGAGGCUGUCCCUGCUGCCUCUGAGUCUGGCUGAGCUGGCCUUCUUUGUCCUGGCUGCCUUAAAGCUUGGCCACUUGGAGCUGUGGUAUUUGGUGAUCCCAGGCUUCUGCCUGUUUGGCCUUUUCUGGUCCAUCUGCCACAUAAUCCUGCUGAUCACAAUCUGGGGCUUCCACACCAAGUUGAGUGAAUGUCAAAAGGCCUGGCGGGCCCAGAGAUCCGGUAGCCGGAGUCUCGACCAAGUCAUGGCCUCCAGGGGCAUCCGUCACUUCUGUCUCAUUUCAGAACGUCUGGUGUUCUUUAGUAUGCUGUCAACGGUCAUACUGGGAGCUGUAUCCUGGCAGCCCUCCAACGGUCUCUUUCUCAGCGCUCUGCUGGUGGUGCUGCCUUUGGAGUCUCUGGCCCACGGCUUGUUCCACGAGCUCGGCAGCUGUCUGGGGGGAACCUGUGUUGGCUAUGCCCUGGUCAUACCUACUGCUUACUGCAGUGCUGAUGGCCAGCCCACUCUUCUACCACCUGAGCAGGUACAACAGCUGAACCUGCGCUCUACAGGUAUGCUGAACAACGUGCAGCGCCUCUUCUCCCACCACAUGAUCCAGACGUUUGGCUGUGACUACUCCACCAGUGGUGUUACACUUGAGGCCUUGCAGACAAAGCUGCGCAACUUUCUGGAGCUACGUACAGAAGACGGGCCACGUCAUGACACCUAUCUGAUUUUCUACAGUGGGCACACACACAAAGGCACUGGCGCUUGGGCCCUGGCCGGGGGUGAGAGCCUCCGCCUUGCCGAGCUGCUGGAGUUGUGGAAGGAGAAGAACGCCGGCCACUGCUCCCGUCUCAUCCUCAUCCUGGACACCGAAAACUCCCUCCCCUGGGUGAAGGAGGUGCGCAGGAUGGAGGGCGUCUAUAUAGCCGUGCAGGGGGCUGAGCUGUCCGCCACCAGGGUGGACCCAGAGGCCGGUGACAUCGCCCUCAUCGGGGACUUCACCUCCGAGUGGGUGGAGUUCAACUGCAACCCAGACAGCGACAACCAGUGGUCAGAUAAGGGAAGGACUGUGACGGCUAUGUACGGCGUGUCCAAACGCUGGAGCGACUACACGCUUCACCUGCCCACUGGAAGUGAUGUGGCCAAGCAUUGGAAGACCCACUUCCCCAGGGCUAUAUAUCCCAUGGUGCACCUCUCAAACUGGUGCUGUGGCCUCAACCUGUUCUGGUUAUGUAGUGUGUGUCUGCGCUGCUUCAGGAGGUGUAAACUAGCUUGGUUCCCACCAGCUGUAUUGGACACUGGGCAGGGCAUUAAACUGGUGCACUCUUAGAAAUAAGGGCGACAUGUACAUUUUGAUUUUGGUAUAAUAUGUUUUGAUAGCUGGGUACGAGGUGUCUAUAGGAAGAGGGAAAAAGCUGGUUAUACCCCAUCAGUUAAAUGUGGCCUUCUGUCAGAAAGGUAUUUUUGCAUCUUGUUUAAUUAAUGUGAUGCCAAGACAUUGUGCUGAUAAUUUUAUAGAAAAACACCGGCUCAGUGUUAUAUUGUGUAACACAAAAUGAGGGAGUGAAAAGCCAAAUAAUAUAACCCCUUGCUUUUUUGAUGAUCUCAAAAACAAGUGUUAUCACAAUUACAGUGGGUAAAAAAAAGAUUUAUAUUUCGGUACUGUGUUAAGUUUUUGAACACUAUUUUUCUAUUACUGCAUCAUUAUUUCUUUUGAAAGGUCUGGUUGAUUUUUAUGUUAAAUUUUUUUCAGUGCCACAUUGUCUUAAAGUGCCUUACAAAUGGAUUUGGGGUCACCUUUAAAAUGGAAGUUUUUCAUAUGUAAAUGUAUAUAUAUAUAUAUAUACCCUUGCCUUGCCUCUUAUUUAUAUUCAGAGGAUUUAGCUCAUGCUCUUAACUUAAAUUAUGUGAGCAGGGAGUGUCUUCCUAAAACCUUUCAACAAGAUAGACGAAAUGUUGGGCUGAACUCAGUGACCCUCUGGUUACAGUCCAACCACGAGGCCAACCCGUCACUCUCACUGUGGGAUCUUUUCCUCAUCACUUUCAAACAGCAAGUUUCAGUUUAGAUAUACAUUUAUUCCUGAACUGAACAAAGGCUGCGAGACAGAAUAUCAUCACUAGACAAUGGCUCUGUAUUGUGCCUCAAGCUGUUUAUUUACAGUAACUAAUUCAAUUUGAAGUCAUUUGCUCUGUACAAACACGACAUUCAGGUUCUGUAGCUGUUCUCCACGCUGUGAAACAGUGACUUGUCAAUGCAAAACGACAAAUCGAGAAGCUUCCAAUGCUUUUUAUGGGUGCACUGACCUGAAGAACUCAUAUUGACCAUCCUUUGUUUCCUACUUUAUUUGCCAUGUUGGAGCUCUCCCCCACACUUCCCUUAACUCUGGAGUGUAUUGCUGCCUUAACGUUUGUGUUUCCAAGAGGACAAGUGGCAUUUUCCACAUGUAAUUCCCCAUGUGCCUCUCGAGUUAUGCCUGAAAAUGUAAAAAAAAUUAAACUUGGAUAAUAAACUGAUUGCUGUCUGAUGUAGUUGCAUGAGAAAUGUAGGGAGAGAAUACAAGUGCAUGCAAGUUUAAUUAAAUGGAAAUAGCCAGGCGCAUUUAUCAUGGCUGGCUUUACAGACGCUGAACAAAUACAGACUCUGCUCUGUGGAAACACUAGCAUCGCCCGGCAAAUAUUAGGACAGUGAGCUGAAGGAAAAAAAAAUUAGAGUGUAAAGGAAAAAUGAAACAAUACAUGACACAGUAUCUCUGAGGGAUUUGCUCACCGUGCUUUCACCUCAGUUAGUAGCAGUGCCUGGCUGGACAUGUGUCCAAGGCGCUGCUGGGUAUUUCACUGGUCUCAGAAAGCAGGGCUGAGCAACGUUUCAUAUCAGCUUUCAUCCAUAACAUGCAACAGGAUAAAGCAGAGGAGAAAAACGGCGUGAACCAAAGAAACCUUUCACCACGUCUUAACUCGCUGUUCUUAGGUGCUGUAAAUAUCAAACCAUUAGGCAGGUAUGAGCAAUAAGCUCAGCAUUCACAGUGGCAAUUAGUGAAAAAGAGACAAGUAUAAAUGCCCUGUUGUGUGGGCGUUCUUUUCAUUGCUGUAGCCUGCAAGCUGUGGUUAUAGCUAAAGUCAGGGACUCAUGUAUAUAGCGGGAAUCAUUUAUGAGAAUAUUAGAUUACGGGCCGGAUUCAUCUCCUAAACUGGAUUAGAUAAUAAAAGAGUCAGCCGCCUCUGAGGCCAGUGUGGAUGUGCUGAGUCAGAGCCCUACGCAUGCACUCUCAAACGCACACACAUCAACACAGAUACAUGCGUAGAGGCAGCCGCGCGCACCAAUUCUCCACUGCCUUUCACUGCUCCUGUUUCCCUCACAGCCGAGUCUCUCGUCUGUGGGUAAUUACAGCCUGUCAUGGGGCGUUACCUUCUAAUGCAGGCAAAGUGAUGUGCCUGACGCUUGCCUGCAAUUUAUUUUGGGGAAAUAAAUGUGCUUUUAUAGCCCAAGUUGAAUCUUAGCACUGGGACUGGAGCAGCAAAUACAUCAGCUGUUCCUCUAUUAUUGUUUAUUCAAAUCCAUCUGUAAGCACUGUGGGGGGUGGCAAUUUUAAGGCUUUUUCUUGAAUACAAUUCCUUAAAAAGUGUUUUGAGCCAGUUGUUUGGUGUUUAACCAUUGGUCUAUUCAUUAUUGUCUUAAAGAAUGUCUGAUCUCUGCAGGGAAGACUUGGUUUGAUAAGUAAUAAUUGGCUUUCAGUAACUAAAAUGAGCUUAGUGUGCUGCCUUUUUUUCCUACCAAACCACCCUCUAUCACUUCUACACUUCAGCGACAUCCAGCAGGCAUUCAUUUUCAGCUAAAUGUACUAGAACCAGAUAUAUACAUAAAUGCUGAAUGUCCCCUUUUCUCUUCCCCUCCUGGAACAGAAGGAGUAAUGGGAUGAGAGAUUACAGAUUCAGCAGCAUCGCUGUUCCAACUUUUGUGCCCUGCUUUUCAGGAGGCCUGCUUGCUGUGGCUCGCAGUGGGUCCGACAUUGAAAUGUCAAAGCCAUUAUCUCAAAUUACAAGGGCUGAGGAUGCGUUUAGUGGCCGUUUAACCGUGCAACGCUCCCUACUAUGCAGACAAUCAUUUGGAAGAGGCUGCCAGAAUCUGCCUGUUCUCAGACUUCUCUUUCAACAUAGUACUUUCUCUGAAACCCAUAUGGUCAUUUAAUAUUAAAUAGUAUGCAUCAGACACUACAUUAUAUGGCAGGAACAUGCACAUGAUUAACUUCCUGCCAUGGUUUUGGAAGAGAAUAUGUGGCUAUUUUGGACCUGUAUCUGUCUUCUCUGGAGAACAGUACUUGUAGAUAGUUAAAAGAAUAGUUUGCUUGCGCUCAGCUUUCUUAUUAGGACAUGAAAUGUGAUUAUCACCAAAAUAGCGCAGCUUAGUCAGCGUCUACAAUAAAAACAAGUCUACAUCCCGCACGGAGGAAGGUGGCCAUGUUUAUUUUCUGCUUUAGAAUGUAACCGCCAUGAAACAAUUUGAAAAUAAAGCUUUAUUCACCGCUU